UGCAAAUUGGAUACGACAAAUAUGAAGGCAGCACUUUUGCUCUGUUUUUUCGGCUGCUCUUUAGUCAAUUCCCUCAACAAUGGGCUUGGUUUGACACCACAGAUGGGAUGGAACUCGUGGAAUCAUUUUGGCUGCAAUAUUAACGAAGAAAUCAUCUUGAAAACGAUACAGGCGCUAUCAAUUUCACCCCUUCGGAAGGUUGGCUACGAAUAUGUCAACAUAGACGACUGCUGGGCAGCAAAUAGAUCCGCUGAAGGCAAUAUUAUCGUGGAUUCUACAACAUUUCCUCAUGGUAUCGCACCACUAGCUGAUGCUGCCCAUAAAGUAGGGUUAAAGUUUGGGGUGUAUAGUGAUGCAGGUUUCAAAACAUGCGCUGGUCGCCCAGGUUCACUCAACCAUGAAGUGUCUGAUGCAAACACAUAUGCUAGCUGGGACAUCGACUAUCUGAAAUAUGAUAAUUGUUUUACUGAUAAGUCAAAACCAGAGAAGAGAUACCCCAUUAUGAGGGAUGCUUUGAACAAGACUGGUCGCCCUAUAUUCUUUUCCAUGUGUGAAUGGGGUGUUGACGACCCUGCGACGUGGGCAGGCGAUGUUGGAAAUAGCUGGAGGACUACAGGGGAUAUCAAAGACAGUUGGGACAAAAUGAUUUCUAUCGCUGAUAAAAAUAACAAGUGGUGGAAAUACGCGAAACCUGGUGGCUGGAAUGACCCAGAUAUGUUAGAGGUUGGUAACGGCAAGAUGUCAACUACAGAAUACAUCACACAUUUUAGCCUAUGGUGUCUGAUGAAAGCCCCUCUUUUGAUUGGCUGUGAUAUACGAGACAUACCUGCCGACACACUAAACAUACUCACAAAUGCGGACGCUAUUUCUGUAAACCAGGAUCCACUCGGGGUUCAAGGUCACAAGAUUCGUACCAACGGGAACCUUGAAAUCUGGGCUGGCCCUUUGAAAGAUGGUAGUAUGGCUGCAAUCCUGUUAAACCGUGGUUCAGAUAUGCUGAAUCACAAUAACAACGAAAUCUGUUGGAUGCAAAUACACUUCAGUGUUUACGAUAUAUGGCAACAUACAAAUCUUGGAGAAUUUCCCGGAAAGUACUCCACUGAGGUGGAAACACAUGGUGUUAUGUUUGGGAGAUUCACAAAGGAAGCAGAGAUUACAGAUAACUCUAUCAUAUUCUAAUGCUUUAUGGCAUUAGAGGAAAGGCAUCCACGAAGGCGGAAAGAUUUAAAGAAUUUAGAAAAUAAUUUAGUGACAUUUUACAAUAAUUCAAAAACUAAAUUUUCGUCCGAGGAGUCGGUAGAAUUUUUCUAAAAUUCGCUAAUUUUUUUAUACGUGACAUGACAUAGUGAGAGACGGGUUGAUCCAUCGUUGAUAUUCUAGAACGACAUAAUUACCAAGACGAAUGCAGCAACAUGCAUGUUAAAUCUAUCAAACACAAUACUGACCGUGAAUAUAUUCGGAAAUGUGGAAUAAUUUAAUUUUUUUAACCAAAUUAAUAUUCUUAGUAACCUCAGACUCAGUGGAUAGUAUUUUCGUUUCGCGUUCCCGUUUUUAGUUCCUCCAAAGCAGUUUUGUUUGUACGCAAAUUCGGCUAUUUUGAUUAUCUUUGGAAAAUCAUUAAUUAAUAAUAAUUAAUUGCACUACAAUACAAUUAAUUAAUUAAUGAAACAUCCCCAUGUAUUCCUCUCAACCAAUUACACCCCUCAUCCAGUAAUUUUAAUAUGCUUCUAACAUGCUAGGAUAUAUAGUAUAGUAAUCAUAUGCUGUGAAAAAUAAAAUUUCGGUAAAUUUC